GUCUGCUUCUGAGUUGCGUAUGCAGCCCCACAUAUUUCGAAAUGUGCUUCUAAUCAGCUACUUUAAGUUGUUGUAAAACACCUUGAAACCAUCGCAGCCAGCGCGGGACACACACACACGCAAAUGGGUGUUGCGGACUCAACUGGCAACCCACCGUCCCGGGGCAGGUCCUGACGCUGCGUCCGCAGGCUGAGGUUUGUGUUUGGACAUUUCUGGGAAAGCCUCCAACGCUCAGUGUUGCCAAGGAGAACCUGCGAGGGAGCACGAAGGCACUUCUUUCCCUGUGCGGACUCUUUCUUGCAUUGUGUCGGUGGUUCCUCCUUCCUGGUCCCCGGUGAUCGUCUCCCAGUGCAUUGGACAUACACAAUGCCCGAGGAUUAAUUGGAUACAUUCAUUUAUCAGGGUAUUUUUAACGUGCGUAUAUUUUUGGAGAUGUGACGUGGUCCAAAAAAACUUUUCGCCGAAAGACUUUCAUUAAUCCACCCCAGCCCACCCCCACUCCCGAGGGCUGAGGAACUAUUACAAGGUUUGUGGAUGUUUGUGUAACAGAUGAGCUUUAUACUCCGGAUCCCCUGGGAUUAUACUAGUAAACGGAAGUGUUGCUGAGAUGAACUGUUUACGCGCAACGAACUCUCCUCUUCUGAGCCUUCUCUGUCUCGCGCAGGGCAGACGGUGAAGUGGACUUCCUUUAGCAGAAGACAUGCUCUGAAACACCUCGCUGGCAGACUGUUAUGUGCCCAUCACUGCUCACUGUAUGUCUUCAUCUGGAACUAAUUGAUUAGCGACCUCAAAUGCACUAAAAGACGCGGCUCCGCCACUGGAUCUGGAUCUUCUACUGUGUCUGACAUCUCGCCAGCAUGCGGAGGGCUUUCGUUCUCACGUUAGCUCUGAUUUAUCUGCUGACUUGGACAAGUGAGGCCGACAAAGAGACUCAACUCAAGCGGGUGCAAUUACACAGACGCUCCAGACUGGGACGUGCCCAGCAGGGCGCGUCGGACAGGAAGCGCCCCGUCGGGCGGAUGCGCCACGGGUUCGGUUCGGCAAUCUCCGUGCACGCGUCCAGGAAGGAGGGAGAUGUGCAGGCGGACGAGGGGGUUCCACUUUCCGCCAGGACAGGGUCUGCGCAGGCCAAGAGAGCAGGAGGUCACAGUUACGGGCCGAGGAGAGGGGCGGCCGGGCAGAUUGUCUUGCCCCGCCGGCCGAACACGCUGCGAGACGAGGGCACUCAGGGAGCGAGAGCCCGGGUCACCCGGAUGCCCAACGGCGCCGGGUCACCAAACCUGCUGGCCAGCUUCGCGGGGAAGAACCGCGUCCUGGUGAUCUCGGCGCCGCACGAUUCCGACGGCUACUACCGACUGAUGAUGUCUCUCCUGAAAACAGAUGUGUACUGCGAGCUCGCCGAGCGACACGUCCACCAGGUGGUCAUCUUCCAUCAGGAGGGAGAGAUGGGGGGCAAGGUGAGGAGGAUCACCGCGGAGGGGAAGGUGAUGGAGGAGCCGCUGGACACAGCGCUCAUCCCCAGACUCAUGAGCGUCCUCAAAUUGGAGAAAGGUAAGUUUGGGAUGGUGCUGCUGAAGAAGACCCUGCAGGUGGAGGAGAGGUACCCCUACCCUGUGAGGCUGGAGGCCAUGUACGAGGUGAUCGACCAGUCGCCCAUGAGGAAGCUGGAGAGGAGCAGGCAGACGGGCUUCGUCCAGAAGUGUAAAGCAGCAGGUGUGGAGGGCCAAGUGGAGGAGGGCAUGCUCACAGAGGCACCAGUAGGAAGAAAACCGGGGAAGAAGAUCCCAAGAAAACCCACAACAACAACAACAACUACAACAACAACAACUACAACAACUACAACCACACGACCAACCACCACCACCACUACAACCCGGCCCACCACUACUACUACCACAACCAAAGCAACAACAACAACCAAACCAACCACUACCACCACCAGAAGAACCACCACAAAACGACCCACCACCACCACCCCCCAGAGACCCACCAGAGCCCAAACCACAGCCCUGAUGCUCCCAGCCCCCAGAACCACCGCUGAUCCUCACUCCUACAACCACAGAGAGAGGGAGAGGUACCCGGCUAAAACCACCCCGGCUGGAGACAACCGCACCGACAAGGACAACAGAGACCCGCACGGACGCAAGCUCGUACCUGCCACACACAAACCCUCCAGGAUCAAACCCACCAGGAGGAAGAACGGGGGAGAGAAGGUGUUGACGAAUGAGUACGAGGACAAGUACGAAGCGGGCAAGCCGACCGUCAGUGAGCCGGAGGAGGCGGAAACCUUCACCGACAUCAGCCCCACCAAGAAGGUCAAGGGCAGGCACGAAAAGCACGACAAGAAGAAGAAGAAGAACGACAAGGCCGCCAAGAAAGCGGAGAGGAGAGCAGGAAAGGCAGGGAAGGAGGGGAAGAUCGGAGGCAAGAAAAAUGGAAAAAAGCUGUCUAAGUACCCGGAGAAAGAGGACUACCCGAAGCCCACAAGGAAGCCAACGACCCCUCCAAAGGGAUCUCUGGCGUCCUUCCUGGACUACUUUGAAAGCAGGAGGCGGCUGUUGCUGAUUACGUCCCCCGGUGAGGAGAGCAAUAUGUACGUUCAGCAGCGGGACGAGUACCUGGAGUCCGUGUGUGAGAUGGCCAUCAGGAAAGUCUCCAUCAUCACCAUCUUUGGGUCCCUGACCAACUCCACCAUGAAAAUUGACCACUACCAGCUGGAAAAAGACAAGCCUAUGAAGGGUCUUCGCCAGGAGGACUUGGAGAACCAGGAUCUGAUCACAGAGCUGAGGAAAGAGUUUGGCAUGACCCACGAUGACUUCUACAUGGUCCUCACCGACGCCGACAUGAGAGUCAAGCAAUCCUACGAGGUUCCCAUCGCCAUGAAGGCCGUGUUAAACUACAUUGACACCUUCUCCUCCCGCAUCCGAGAGAUGGAGCAGCAGAAGAGAGACGGGGUCGUCUGCAAGAAAGAGGACAAGCCCAGAUCGCUGGAGAACUUCCUCUCCAGGUUCCGUUGGAGACGCCGGCUGUUUAUCAUCUCCGCCCCCAACGACGAGGAGUGGGCCUAUCAGCAGCAGCUCUACGCCCUGUCCAGCCAGGCCUGCAACCUUGGUCUGAGGCACAUCGCCAUUCUGAAGUUGACCGGCACAGAGCUUACGGAUAUGGGCGGCGUCUUGGAACUCUAUCCUAUCAAUGGGAGUGCUACCGUGGAGCGCGAGGGGCUGUCGGGCAACCUGGUGAAGGACGUGAGGAACUACUUCCAGAUCAGCCAAGAAUACUUCUCCAUGCUGCUGGUGGGGAAGGACGGCAACGUGAAGUCCUGGUACCCUUCCCCCAUGUGGUCCAUGGCCAUCAUCUAUGACCUCAUAGACUCCAUGCAGCUACGCAGGCAGGAGAUGGCCAUCCAGCAGUCCCUGGGCAUGCGCUGCCCCGAGGACGAGUAUGGUGGCUACGGCUACCAUCAGCACGGUUACCAGGACGGAUAUCACCAGGGCUACGGUUACUAACAGCCCCCCCCCCCCCCUCACACACACACACACACACACUCUGCCUUUCAGCUGGCGCUCGUCAUCGUCGGCCCUCUUCCUUUUCACCCAUGACUUUUUUUUCCCACCCUCCACCAGGCAGUCGGCUCAGACAGUGACGUCCUUGAAUGUUUUGUAGCACUUAGUGAAAGCCUCAAAACUGUUGCUUUCACCUAUCCAGACCUUUGAUAUAUAUAUAUAUAUAUCAAAAGUAUACUGCAAGUAAUCGUAAUGUUGCACAAUGCUUUAAUUAGAGCCGGCUAGUCAAUAAAUGUGUAAACGAGCCUGAAGGUUUAGAGAUCUGUUGUGGACUUUUGAUAUUUUGGGGGAUUUGUCAUUUGAACAAAGAGUGUUUUGCACAUUUAUUAUAUUAUCUGUCUCCUUCACUUGACCUUCCAGGUCAAAUUUACAUAUUGAUUUGACCAGCACACACUUUUUUUAUUUUGUAGAUAAGGGGCUAAAAUAAGACAUGUAUUUAUUGGACCAUCUUUGCAUUUGAGGUGCAGUUAUCGAUUAUUUUAUGAAAAGAAGCUGUCACAUUAUUUCUCUUUUGUAAAAUUUCUGUUGCUAUACAAUGUUCCUAUUUAUACUCUAUUGUGCUAUAUGACAAAUAAACAUUUGUUUACUUCCA